AUGGAUGACUUUUGGGACCUUUUCGGCGUCAAAAAAGAUAUCAUCGACGCCAUCCAAGCAUUUGGGCUCCACGACGGACAUCUCCUACAAUGGACGAUACGGUAUGUCGCGGGGAAGAACUACGUCGACCAGCCCGCCCGCAGGCGACUUCUGCUUGUCGCCGACCUCGUCGAAAUUUGUGAAGACGCGUUGUUUACUAUGACCCCAAUACUGCUCAAGGAUCCCAAUGUCCACAGCCUUAGCGAUGUUGCCGUUGCGUACUACAGCUCCGCGAAGGGGAUGCGGGAUGGUCAUGUCAUUCGCCCUCCACUUCUCUACCGAGUCCCAACCGCGGUGCUGCGGAACGUCGUCGCAAACGCCGAUAACGUCAUGAUUGACGACCUAGCUCGAAAGACGCUCAUUCGCAUCAUGGAUCUGGCUGUCGCCGAGCAGUUUGACGCCCGUUCCGGCGCUCUGAGUCACUUCAUUGCUCAGCCCGCUUGCAAGUCGGAGUUAUCGCAGGUCCCGAAGAGUACCGCAUUGAAAGUGCGAGAGGACCUGGAAACUCUAUAUCGCCUCCAUCCACUGGUAGUCGAUGCCGAUGACAUCUUACCCCUGAUGGGCCUUGGCUAUACGUCCGCCCACAAGAUUGCCAGCCUGAAUCAGUCCGAUUUCAUGCGGGAGGCCGAGAAUCGCGGCAUCAUCACUGAGAGGGCCGAGAGGAUCUAUCUCGAAGCCGGGCGUAUUGACCGACGGAACGAUGCCGUUUGGGUAGACAUCGUCAAGGCCCGGACCGACGUUCCUGUCCUCUCCAUGUCCGGCUUGAACCACGCCACUCCCUCGGAUGACGGCCAAGACACCAACCUGACCGCCUUGUUCAACGACCUGGAUACUGUUGCUACUGAGAAUAGCACCUCUGUUUUGGGCCCGGCGUCCUACCUGGUGGACCUUUUGCAGAUGCUUGACCGUGCCAACCUGUCUAUCAAGACUGUUGACCCAUGGACUGUCCAGUCCGCCACAAGCGCCCGCGACGUGUUUCUUCACCGACGACCCGACAUUGCCACCGCACACCUAUCUAAAGUUGACACGGAAACUCCGGUAGCAUAUCAGGAUUUGGCCAUUGAGAUCAUGGAGCAGUAUCUCAGCCGCAGCCUUGGCUUGGGGGCCGACCAAGAAGCCGACGUCUACAAAGCAGUCAGCCACUACGUGGCUCCCAUGGCCACUUUCCCAUACAACCAUGCCAUUGCCACUAGCCGUCAACUUCUCCAGGCCAGGGGGUACUCACGCUACGAGCUUUUACGGCGUUUCCAGUCUGACUGGGACUUGGUUCGCCGCGCAUUUCCCGACAACCCGGCGUGGGAGACGAGCGUGGCGGCUGCCGCUGCCGAAAACGUCCACCAGCGACGGCUCACGGCUGAAAUCCUCAAGCUGCAGCCUCUCGACUUCCAGGCCAUCACCCAGGAAGCCUUUUACAGCCCCGCCUUCGUCCGGCUGCUUGGUAUUUACGACGCAGGGGUGACUUCCAAAACCUACGAGGAAGUCGUGGGGGUGCGGCAAGGUGGGGAGUAUUGGGGCUACGAGGCAUACGCCUCUGAACAUGGAGGAGAUCCGUACGGGGGAGCCACGUGGAAGAUGGUUGACUCUGCUUCCGAGAUCAGUUUGCGGCUGAUAAAGGACCAGCUGCUCGUCCGUUCGGGGCUAUCUUCCUCGCAGCUCAACAUGGUUCUGAAAACGCGGUACAUUGGCAAGCGUCUGGUGGUCACGCUAGCGAAGGAUGACAGGUUCAGCGAUCGGCUCCAGGACAUGCGUCUUCAGGAGUCACCUCUUGUUGGCGGCAAAGAGGUUGCCGGAAGGCUUUCCAAGCGCACGUGUCUUGACCUUCAGGCCUUCAUCCGACUCUACCGCCGGCUGGGUUGGCCCAUUCAGACGCUUGAUGCAGCCAUCGGUGUCCUGGCACGCCGGGCUCAAAUUUAUGAAGAUGACGACCAUUAUCACCAUGUUCUGGAUGUCGCCUUUCUAGAACGCCUGGCCGCCGCACAGCAGCUGUCGACACGAGUGGACGUGCCCCUGGUGGAACUUUUGCCGCUAUGGGGCCCCAUGGACGCCCAAUUCUCAACCUCGCUCUACCCCAAGCUCUUCCUGCAUCCCCAGCUCGUCCAACAAUACCCAUUGCUAGUCCCCCUAGCCAGCGGAGAAUUCCUUCCGACCGCAACCUUUGGGGAAAACAUGGGCGCUAUUCUUCAUGCACUGCAUAUCACUCAUGCCGACCUGUUGACGCUCAUGGAAAUUACCCGGCAGGACGCCAGGACUAGCUGGAACCUGGAGACUAUUGCGGAACUGUACAGGCACCAGAAGAUGAGCCAUUUCUUGGACCUCCCGAUCUCCCAAUAUCCCAAAUGGUGGGAAUAUUGCCAGACCAUGGCCAACCCGUUCCUUGAUCCUCAAAGCACCUUGACCUCGUUGGGCGUGUGGCUGCGCCUACCCGAGGAGAUCCCCUCUGUGGAAGCGGUGCUCGGCUUGAAUGAUGACGCUCCGACUGCGAAGCACCGCGAGCGGACAGCGAAAGACCUGGCCUUCAUUGCGCAAAUCGUGCAAAGCGUGGCCGAUCUCAGUCUUGAUGACCAACCUGUUGAUUUCGUCGUUGCUGGCCCGGUGCUCGUCACUCAGCCACAGCCACUACGUCAGGGUCAACCAUCGGUUCUGGAAUUAUCUGAAGGGCUUUCCCUGAAAGGCCUGACGUACUUCACAGCCCACGGCGACGCACGCUUCGAUGAGACGUCAGCAAUUCCAGUACCAGCAGCCAAAGUGAUCUUCCAACACCUGUUCCGUUUGGAACGGGGCCUAGACAUGACCAAGACCGUCAACAUGGGCCCCAUAGAAGUCGAGUAUUACCAGAAGCUCACGGUUGACUUUUCCGCCAUGAACUUCGAUCAGAUGACCACCCUCUUGAGCUUUUUGUGGAACCGCCAGCAGUUGGGAGUCCCCGGCGCAUCCCUUGUCAGCUACUAUCAGUACCUUCAGCGUGCUUCAGGCCGUGCUGCCAAUCCCAGCGACACGGUAGAGGAGAAGGCGUCGUUGGUCGAGCUCGUAUCUGAGACCUGCCGGGUCACAAAGCUCACGACCGAAAGCGUUUCCCUCUUUUUUGACUUGCGGUGGCCGGGCCUGUCAACCUCGGAGCGCGUAAAAGACUUGUUGGCCCGGGACCUAUCACCUCUCCACCAACUGGCCGACUGCUGUGAAAUGUCAACAACGCUGGGGAUCCCCAUUUCGACGCUCCACGAAUGGGCUCAAGCUCCUCGCUUGCCCAACACGGCCGAGGACUUUGACUCAGCCAAGCAGCUGAAGGCUUCCCUCUUGUCUAACAAGGCGGAAAAUGCGCUCGCCCGCGCUAGGGAAUCCCUCGCUUCGACACAGCGACGGGUCCUUCAGGAAGCCCUGUUUCGGGUGCCGAUUCUUCAAGCUAAGAAGAUCACCACGCCUGAUAGUUUGUCGGCCGAACUUCUCAUCGACACGCAGAUGGGACCAGGAAUUCAGACAUCGCGGAUCGCCCAGGCCAUCGACAGCGUCCAGCGUUUCGUGCAACGCUGUCUCAUCGGCCUGGAGAAACGGUACGGCAUCGCCACGACUGGAAUCGACCAACAGCUGUGGGGUUGGAUGAACAAGUAUACGCUCUGGCAGGCAAACCGAAAGGUCUAUCUCUACCCCGAAAACUGGGCGGACCCUUCGUUGCGUGACGACAAGACGCAGGCCUUUGAGGAGCUGGAGAACAAGAUGCUGCAGGCGAGCCUCAACAAAGACGUGGUCGGCCAGCUUCUCCGGGAAUACGUCUAUGCCGUCCACGAGGUUGCCGACCUUGACCUCCAGGCCUAUCUGUGGGAGCGGAAGCCCCCGUAUUGUGGUAACUACCACUUUUUUGCUCGAACGCGCGCCGCCCCCUUCAGCUUCUACUACCGCCGGUUGGAGGCAAGGAGUGACGCACGUGGAUCUACUCUGGCAAAAUGGCUGCCGUGGGAGAAGAUGGAGGUCGACAUCCCAACCCACGCGACGGACGGGGAUCAUCAGCCACUUCUCAAACCCGGCAGCUAUCUCAUACCUGCUCUCUUCAAGAACCGCUUGUUCCUCUUCCUCCCACAAAUCACGCCGCGGACGGUACCUGCUGCACCCCCAACUGGCUCCAUGAUGGAGCUAGCAAAAAGCAGCUCCAUGCCAAAAAGCCCCCAGAAGGGCUGGGAAAUCAAGAUGGCCUGGGUUGAGAUGCGGAACGGCAAAUGGUCGCCCAAGUACGUCACGGCAACUGGAAUCGACGUUAUGGAACCUGAGCCUUCUCCGUCUGGCCCGCUGGUAUCGGUGGAAUCAUUCAAUUUCAGUAUCGAGCCAACCACCAGCGACAAGACUCUGACCAUCGUGGUCGAGAAGCUGGUACCCGACCCGGAGAGCCAUCUAGAUCUACCAAGACAGAUCCGUUCGAGACUAGGCUGCUUUGAGAUGCAAGGCAUGCAGCUGCGCCUGGUGGGCACAUCGCCCAGUGCAGCCGUCAGUUCAGCCAUCGCUGGCAAGGUUGCCUUCUCUCGCAUGUUGCGCAAGGAAAGCACCAGGGACAGCGAGGAGCUGCGGGCAAGCGUCGAGAACUACGAAGUAGGCAUCGACCCGGAGGCAGGGCAUCACUCGAUGCUGGCAGUGCCCGAUCCCCCGGACAUGGCUGGCGGUGAGUACGAACUCUCAUGGCUGCUGUCCUAUGACCAUUCACAGUUCAAGGGGGUCUCGGGUCUCGUGGUGGAACGGUCUGUGCCGGAUCAAGCGGCCCAGUUCUACGUUAGCUACCCACCCAUAACCAAGGACGGAGCGGUCGACACGACCCAAAAGACGGUUGACACGACGCAUUCCUUCACCCAGGAUACCUCGCUCGUCCUCACCGAAGAGAUUGCCGACAACCAGGGCUACGAGUGCAUCUUUGACGCGCUGGAGUCGCUGCCCAAGGAUCAGCAAGACAUGGCAUUUGGGUAUUAUAACAACAAGUACAGCGAGCUAGCUACGCCCAGUUCGGUGUACAAUUGGGAGAUCGGUUUCCACGUUGUCGCCCUGCUCAUGGAGAGGCUCCUAGCCACGCAACAGUUCGAUCUCGCUCUCGAGGUUUCCCGCAUGGUGUUCGACCCUAGGCCCGGCGCCCCGGGGCCCUUGUCUCGGCUGGACAACUGUUGGCGGUUUUUCCCUUUCAAAUCUUCCGAGCUACGGCUGGCUGGCUCCGUCCGAGACAUUAUACAAAGUCUUGUACCUGGGAGCAAGCCGGACGACAUGGUCGAUUGGGAGGCCCACCCUUUCUCGCCACAUCCUGUGGCGCGAAACCGGCCUGCCGUUUACAUGAAGCGGUUUGUCAUGAAGAUUAUCGAGAUCUUGAUCGCCAGCGGAGAUCAAUACUUUCGGCAGAACUCUUCUGAAUCGGUCGGGUUGGCGACUCAGCGCUACGUCGAGGCUUCUGAGCUCUUUGGACCAGCUCCUGUCGAGAUUGAUCCGCCCACCAAGCCUGUCACCAAAAGCUACGACGACAUUCGGGGCGACGUAAACAGCUUUGCUACCGCGGCGGUGGACAUGGAACUUGAGUUCCCCUAUUUCAUCAACCCCGAACUCAGGGGUUAUGGCGUUCCCGAGCCCCAGGCAGCUUCACACAUGAACGGCACCAUCGGCUUUGUACGGUCCACAUAUUUUGGUGUCCCUGCCAACCCGCAGAUGCAAGCCCUGCGCGAUCUCAUUGACAACCGACUCUUCAACAUCAGGAACGGGCUGGAUAUUGACGGCAAUCCUCGCCGUCUCCCCUUGUUCGAUCAACCCCUUGACCCUGACCAGGUUGCUUCCGGUGUGGCUUCCGGAACAAGCCCGUCGAGCCUUUCAGAGGGGCUGGACGGGGGGCCCAUGCCCAACUACCGAGCCAGAUACCUCCUGCAGAAGGCAUUGGAUUUGUGUGGAGAGUUGCGCGGUUUCGAGGAUUCGUGUCUGUCGAUCCGGGAGAGGCGUGACUCCGAGGCCAUGGCCAACCUGCGGGCGAGGCAGGAGGUCGGGGUCUCGGCCCUCAUGACUGAGAUUAAACAACUCCAAAUCCAGGAGGCAACGAUGGCUAUUGCCACGCUUCAGGAGGCCCGCGAGUCGCAUGUCUCGACGCUGAAGUAUUAUCUCGCUCUCAUGGGCGAGUCAAAAGAUAUCAAGAUCCCGUCCGCCGUGAAUAAGUGGGAAGACUUUGAGUAUGGCAUUGUCGAGCCCGGGAAGGGCGAGUUGCGGAUGAGCCCGGAGGAAGCGCUGGAAUCGAGGUCGUCUGAUGCGGCAGGCUAUAUCGACGUAGUAGCCAGUGGAAUGGAGUGUGCUGGAGGUUUGCUCAAGGCCCUCCCUGAAACCACGAUCGAGACGCAACCCAUGGGCGUCGGAGCGGCCACAAAGUUCGGCGCCUCUAACCUUGGAGAGGCCAUGAUAGCCAGUGCCGGUCUGGUUAGACUCGGGGAAAAGGCAGCGAGCGAGAUAGCAUCCCGAGCAGCUCGCAAAGGCCAGCUGACCCGCCAACUCCAAGAGCGCAAACUGUCGGCCAACAUGGCAGCUCGCGAGAUCCAGAGCGUCGACACCCAAAUCGCCACCCAGAAGAAGCAGAUCGAGAUUGCCCAGGCAGAGCUGCGCGCACAUCAACAGCAAGUGGCCGACACGGCCGAGAUGGAGGAGUGGAUGCGCACCAAGUACACGUCGGAAGCGCUGUACUCGUGGUUGGAGGCGCAAACACGCAAGUUGGCCUACCAGACCUACCUGUCGGCGCUCGACAUGGCCAAGACAGCGGAGCGCGCCAUGAUGUUCGAGUACGGCCCCAAGGCCCGAUCCCUGCUGUCGAAUUCCUACUGGGACGGAUCCCGGGACGGGAUGCUGGCUGCGAGCCAGCUCACGGCAGCGCUGCACCGAAUCGAGAAGUUCUACAUGCAAAACAAACCACACGACUACGAGCUAACCAAGACCAUCUCGCUGCGCCAAGUCUCCCCCCUCGCCCUCGUCGACCUCCGCGCCAAGGGCGUCGCCGAGUUCGAGCUCCCCGAGGUCCUCUUCGACCACGACUUCCCAGGUCACUACUGCCGGCGCAUCCAAUCCGUCUCGCUCACCAUCCCGCGCAGCGCCGCCACCGUCGGCCCCCCCAACAGCGCCACGGCCGUGAACUGCUCCCUGCAGCUGCUCGAGCACCGCUACCGCCUCCAGGCCGGGCGGGCGACGGGCACCGAGUACUACAGGCCGGACCCCUCGGGCAACGACGCGCGCUUCCACACGGACCGCAUCCCCAUCUCGUCGGUCGCGCUCAGCACGUGCAAAGACGACAGCGGCACCUUCCAGCUCGACUUCGUCAACAGCGACCGCUACGUCCCCUUCGAGGGCGCCGGCGUCGUCAGCAAGUGGAAGCUGGAGCUGCCGGGCCCGUUCCGGCAGUUCGACUACGCCACCAUCGGCGACGUCCUCGUCACCGUGCAGUACACCGCGCUGGAGGGCGGGGCGGCGUGGAAGAAGCUCGCGUCGGACGCGGUGCGCGAGUUUCGCAGCGUGUUGCAGGACGAGGAUGGCAGUGGGGGCGCGUUCUUGAUGGUCGAUAUCAAGGCGGAUUUCCCGGACGAGUGGAAAUCGUUGGAGGCGCAGCUCAGGGACACGAAGACGGGCGAGGAGAAGAAGCCGAUGGCGAUGGAUCUGACGCGCAUGCUGGACAUGCUGCCGUUUUGGAGCGUCGGGCAGCAUGUGACGUUUGAGAAGGUGUGGAUGACGGUGCAACCGGCGAAGGGUGGGUGGGAGAAGACGGGUGUUGUGGAGGCGCUGGGGGCGGAGAUGGAGGAGGAUGUCGCUAAGUCAGGGGAGGGGUUCAAGGUGCUGGGGCCGGGUGAUGCGAAGGAUGUGAAGGAUGUAAAGAUCGCACCAGUGAGGCUGAAGGGAGUGAUGCCGAAGGGUUGGUGGGUUGUUGUGCAGUAUACGCAAGGGAAGUAG